AUGAACUACGCGAUGAGCACCACUGCACACAGUCCCGUCUACACUAAUGUUCAACAAUUCAGCACAACCAAGACUGACGAACUCUCCUCCACUCCCCAAUUUGAACCGUUGACCCCGACAAUGAAUUUCAGCUUUGUUAGCGGAAUUCCUGAUGCUAAAGUGUUUGUAAACGCUGAUGAAGCCGCUACCUACUUUGCAAGCGAGGAAAACCGCUCCAACUCUGCUCUUCUUGACCGUCAAUCCUCUUCCAGUCCUGGCGACUAUUCAACCGACUCGGAACGCGCGGUCAUCGAUGGCGCGAUGCCAGUACGACGCGAAAAGAAAAAGCAGCAGAACCGAGAAGCCGCCACGCGGUAUCGCGAGAAAAAGAGGAAGGAGCGCGUUGAGGCUAAAGUUGCACAAGAUGAGUUGGUGGGCAAGAAUGAGAUACUGAAAACGAAGUUAACCGAACUCCAGCACGAGGUCAACUACCUAAAGCGCUUCAUGCAAGAGCUCGGCAUCCAAGAAGACAGUCUCACCUACAUCAGCCCCACCGUCCCACUC